AAAACGUGCAGCAGAUGGCGCUGUUGUAAAAGCCAGCAUACAUUUUAUUGGCACGAGCUCGAUUCCAUAAACAAACUGCGCAGACGCGUUGCGGACAGAGAGAUAGCGCACUAAGAGGAAAUUUACACACCGCUGUUGACACCAGAACAUUUUCUUUGGGAUAUAACCACCACAAGACCUUUCGAUUUGUACAUUUUCCGUAGGGGCGAAUAUGGCGACGCUGGGACCGGAGCCCCGUCCCCACUCCCAGCUGCCUUCUGUCGCAUUACAGGCGAACCUGAGCGGACUGGGCUCAAAUACGAACCUGCCUCUCAACCGGGGCUUGGAGAGAGCACUGGAGGAUGCGGCCAACUCCGGAUUUAUGAACCUCAGCACAAGAAAACUGAAAGAAUUCCCACGGAGUGCAUCAAACUACGACCUGACGGACACCGUUGAAGCAGACCUGUCGAAGAAUCGUUUGGUUGACAUCCCGUCAGAGGUGUGUCACCUGGUCUCCCUGGAAAUGCUCAACCUGUAUCACAACUGCAUCAAGAGCAUUCCAGAUACCAUCAUUAGCCUACAGUCCCUUACGUGCUUGAACAUCAGCCGGAACCAGCUGUCAGUGCUGCCAGCGUGUGUGUGUGGUCUUCCUCUGCAAGUGCUCAAUGCCAGCAAUAACAAACUCAAUGUACUUCCAGAAAGCAUUGGCCAGCUCACCAGUCUCAUGGAACUUGAUGUGAGCUGUAAUGAAAUCACAGCUCUUCCACGUCACAUCGGCCAACUUAAAGCACUGAGAGAACUCAACGUGCACCGAAACCUUCUCUGUGUCCUACCAGAGGAUUUAGCAGAUCUACCUCUGGUCAAGUUUGACUUCUCCUGUAAUAAAGUUUCAACUAUUCCUGUCUGCUAUCGAAAAAUGACCCAACUACAGUCACUACACCUCGAGAACAAUCCACUUCAGAGUCCUCCAGCACAGAUCUGCAUGAAGGGUAAGAUUCAUAUAUUUAAAUACCUCGCCAUGGAGGCGUGUCGCAGCGACAAGAUGGCUGACGCCCUGUACCUGCCCGUAACGGACCGCCUCAGCUUGACACGGCCCACCAAUGGGAGCAUUGAGGACAUAGAUCAGCACAAGAAACUUGACAGUGAUUCUGGGGUAGGCAGUGACAACGGAGACAAGCGCCUCUCGGCUACUGAGCCAUCAGAUGAAGACAGUCUCAGCUUAAAUGUGCCCAUGACCAACAUCACAGAAGAGGAAGGCUUGAGCAAAGACGACUCUAGUGAACACAUCAGCGACCUGACAGCAGACAGAAGUUCAUCGGAAUCCCUUAAAGAACAGCUGGGCUACAGACACUCCACCCUGAGCUCACCGUUCAUCAGCUACAUCAAGAGUCGCAGUGCUGACUUUGAUGAGCCACUCAGGAUAGAGGAAGACGGCAACUGGACUUCAGAACAAACGUCAAAGGUCAACAUGAUCAACCAGCUGAAGGAGGCUGUGGAGAUGCUACAGGAUCCUAACAGGGUGAACAUGAACUCCGCUGAUCUGCCGGGUAUUAGGCUCUACCCUGUGGAGAUGGUUAAUGUAGAAGAGUCACUCAAUGGACAAGAGAGUGAUGAGGGUCAGAUGACAUCUAAGGCAGCUCCUGGAGAAUGCUGGGAGUUCCAGAGGAAGAGACAGUACAUUCUAGAACGGGCCCGACUCGAGGCCCAGCUCGCAUGCCAGCAGUAUGCCCUGCACAUGGCACAACAGGGGGACGCGAUUGAACAAGAUGGAGCAGAUGAUGGUUCUGAGAAUCAAGUCAUCAAGAAUGAAGACAGCACCCCAGUUUGCAGUCCCACCUUGAGUUCUCCUCCCUUCGGGUUAAAGCCCAGAACAGCUUCACCCUCUGUGCCCUAUUUGGCUCCGCCUUCUCCCCUUCACCUUAUACAGGCCCCGCCUACCGAUACUGACACACCCCCUAGACCAGCUGAAGGAGACAUGCAAAGCAGUGUAUAUUUUAGGACACAAAAGAAUCUGGAAUCAGCGGAUCCUCAGUUCACCAUGAGGAGAAAGAUGGAGCAACUGAGAGAGGAGCUGGAGCUCACAGAACAACUGCGAGAGAGUAUUGAAAGCAGAUUAAAAGUGAUUCUUCCUGAAGAUCUGGGUUCAUCUCUCAUGGACGGGGUCGUGCUCUGUCAUCUAGUGAAUCACAUUCGACCGCGUUCAGUUGGAAGUAUCCACGUGCCAUCCCCAGCAGUGCCCAAGCUUAGCAUGGCGAAGUGCCGCAGAAACGUUGAAAACUUUCUGGAUGCCUGCAGGAAAAUGGGAGUCCCUGAGGAUAAAUUAUGUCUGCCUCAUCACAUUUUGGAAAAGGGGCUCAUCAAAGUUGGCAUCACCGUCCAAGCUUUACUAGAUGAGACUUCGAUCAAACAGACACUCUUCCCAUGAGUCGCACACAUACACCAGCAUAUAAACGCACAUCUACACAGCUGACACAACACUCUUAACUCCUCUUUUGCCGACUGACCUCCACCAAACGUGUAUUUCUAUAUCUGAUCUUCAACUACAGGUAAAUGUUAAUGUUUUCCAUUCUUUAAUAUAUGUAAUGUAGACUUAACAUUUCCAAGGCCAUAUUCGUAUAUGCAACAUUAGCUUGAAAUUCUUUAUUUAAUACACUUAUAUUUAUUAAGGCACUAAUUAAGAGAUGUACACAAUUGGAAAAAAAGAAUAUUUUCUGAUAGUUUAUAUAUCUAUGUGAUGUCUGUUGAGCCUUUAUUGGCAGUGCAGUUGUCUGCCGAAGUUUAGUGUAAAACACUCAGUCUCCCAGUGUGUUUCUAAAAGCCUUUAUCACUUAUUUUUUACACUUUUUGGGAGAUAUUAGUGUUCAGUCUCAGGGGAGGUGUGGCCUCACUAGUUUCAUAAGGUCUUCUUUCUGCUUACCUGUUAGAUAUGUUUGUGUGUGUUUGUCUGUGCAGUAGAAAGCAAAAUUCUACUGUUGUUUUCACUUGUAUAUGUGUGGUUGUAAGGAGUUCCUUUUUUGAGAGAACGAGAGCACAUGUUUGCACUUUUUUAUGUAUAUUUGUUUGUAUGUAAUGAUUUUUUUACUUUGUUUUACUUGUGCGUGUUGCUUAAGUAAGGUUGAUGUCCAAAGUUUCAGCUCCAGCCGAUUCAGACAUGAAUCAAACCAAUUGCUAAAGCUGGUUUCUCAUUGGAGAUUAUUUGACAGUUGCCAAAACUGUUUUCAUGUAUCAAACUAAUGUUUAAAGACUCGAUUCACAAGCAUAAGUAUAAUUUUCACAGGAACUUUUAAGGUUGUAAACUUGGAUUUGUAAAGUAAUAAUGUGCAACGGACAGGACAUGAUCAUUUGAUGUGUAUGUCUUAAUGAGAAAAGCCUAUGUUUGAAUUUAUUGGUUUUCAUUUAAAUUAAAGCAAAUUUAAAUUUCUUA